GUGCUUCUGCACUUCUUUUAGCUGUUGCAGAGUGCCGCUCUACCUCCCGCUGUGUUUUCUUAUCUGACAGCUCUGGAACUGACAGCUCGGAGACAGAAAUCCUCUCUGAUUGAGCCUGGUGUGUCGUUCUUUUGGUCCAGAGAAUUCUGAAGGACCACUGAAGAAGAAGAUGUUGAGGCGACGGCCUUCCAACGCCUCUGAGAAGGAGCAGACGCAGAAGAAGAAGCUUUCCCUGCAGAGGUCCAGCAGCUUCAAGGAUUUUAUGAAGCACAAACCUGCAUCUCCUGUUGCGUCAGACAAGGAGUUAAACUUUGAGGAGCAUGUUUCAGACAGUGUAACAGCAGAAGAGGCAAUGAAAAGUGGAAGCAAGUUGGGCAAGAAGUGGCGCAACGUCAUCUCUCGCACAAUGACCCGCAAAACAUCCAAGAUGGUGCAGAAGGCCCUGGCUGAGGAGGGGGGUGAGAGUGGUGAGGAGUUUUCUCCCACCUAUUCUGAUUUUCUUCCUGAUCUGAGCGCAGGACAGAGGACGUCUGUGUGCUCCUCGGGGUCUGAGGAUGCCACACCCAGCCUCAUCAGCCGCCAGCUCUCAGGAAGCAGUGACAGACAGAGUCUGGACAGCGGUUACUGUCAGAGAGACAGCAUGAGGCUGGAGGAGAAUGGCCUGUCUUAUACCGGACCGUUCUGUGGCCGUGCUUUGGUCCACACUGACUUCAUUCCCAGCCCUUAUGACGUGGAGUCGCUCAAACUUCAAAAAGGCGACAUCAUCUACAUCAUUGAGAAGCCCCCUGUGGGGACCUGGACAGGGAAGCUCAACAACAAAGUGGGCUCCUUUAAGUUUAUCUACGUCAACCUGCUGCCAGAUGAGAGCCCCCCCACCAGGAGAAGACGCUGCAACAGCAAGACCAACCGAGGCAAUUCCAAACCGAAAACCCUGGAGGAGGUGCUGGACAGCUUUGGUCUUAACGAGCUGAGUUCACUGCUGUCCAUGCAUGGUUUCCAGACUCUGGAGGACUUUGCAGGACUGAGGGAGUCUCACCUCAAUGAGCUGAACAUCACUGACCCAGAGCAGCGCUUCAAGAUCCUGAACGCCUCUGAGCUGCUAAGAGACUCUGAAGAGGAGUCAGAGCCAGAAGAAGAGGGCAGAAGUGAAGAGGUCUCCAAGGAGCCGAGGGAUUCAGGCUGUUUCGAGAGCUCAGAGAACCUGGAAAAUGGACCAAAAACAGAGGAGGAACUCCAGGCUGAAGCCGCAGAGGAGCAGACAAACCAGGAGGAGGAGAAACAUGAGCAGGAAGAGGAAGACCAAACAGAACAGCUGGAUUCUGUGCAGGAGCAGCUGCAGGAGCUGACUGUGGAUGAGGGAUCAUGAGCAGUGGGGGAAAUAUACCCAAAAUCCUAAAACUCAAGAACUAUGUGGACUGAGGUUUAAUGCCAUGAAAUGUCUCGUCAUUAUAAGAUGGCA